CCCGGGCUGUGGCACGUGUGGCCGGGCGCUCCUCCCGCAGAGGCCAAAUAUUUCACCCCUAAAUUACAGCUCCGGAGAUGAGGUCGAGGCCGCGGCGGUUUCGGCGCAGCCAUCUGUCGGAGGCGAAAUUGCGUAGCCCCGGGGACGCCCACCGUGUUCCUGCCCGCAGCCCCCACGCUGAGGGGGGCUCGGGGGGGCGCCCACCCCGCCGGGCAGGAGGAUCCAGGCAGCGGCGGGGGACGGCUCCCGGACCCCUCCUCGGCGCAGCGGGGUCCGCUCAGGUGCUGAAGAGGCGGCGGCCGCCCGGCCCCACGAUGCCGUCCAGCGGGAGCCUGGACGCCGGCAGCCCCGCGCCCAGCCGCGAGGCGCUCGACACGCACAAGGGGGAAGAGGAGCCCGAGGAGAACCCGAGCAAGGAGGAGAAGCAGGAGCCGGGGACGCCCAUGAGGAAAGCCGGGCGGCCCGGGCGGAAGCGCAAGCAUGCCCAGCAGGCGGAAAGCAGCGACACCCCCAAAGACACCGCGGCCGUCCCCAAGUGCCCCCCGCCGUGCCCGGAGGCCAGUCCCGCCGAGCCGCUGCCCAACGGGGACGUGGAGGGCGACGCGGAGGAGGCCGGGGCCAGCCCCAAGGGCGGCCGGCCCGAGGAGGACGAGACGGAGAGCCUGGCGGACGGAGAGACGGGCCGGGCGCUGGAGAACGGCCGCUGCACCCCCAAGGAGGGCCUGGACGCCCCGGGCGAUGAGGGUGAGCUGGCCCCUUCCGACCCCCAGAAGAAACGCGGGAGGAGGAAACUCCUGGAGGCCACAGAGAAAAGCAAGGACGAGAAGGAGGAAAACAACUUCGACACGCUGAAAAUGGAGGGCUCGCGCGGGCGGCUCCGCGGCGGGCUGGGCUGGGAGUCGAGCCUGCGGCAGCGGCCGAUGCAGCGGCACACCUUCCAGGCCGGGGACCCCUACUACAUCAGCAAGAGGAAGCGGGACGAGUGGCUGGCACGCUGGAAGCGGGAGGCGGAGAAGAAGGCCAAGGUGAUCGCCGUGAUGAACGUGGUGGAGGAGCCGGCGCGGGCCGAGGCGCAGAAGGAGGAGGAGGCCAGCCCGCCGCCCGGGCCGCAGCAGCCCACCGACCCCGCCUCGCCCAGCGUGGCCACCACGCCCGAGCCCGCCGUGGCCGAGGCGGGCGACAAGAACGCCUCCAAGUCGGCCGACGACGAGCCCGAGUACGAGGACGGGCGCGGCUUCGGCAUCGGCGAGCUGGUGUGGGGCAAGCUGCGCGGCUUCUCCUGGUGGCCCGGCCGCAUCGUGUCCUGGUGGAUGACCGGCCGCAGCCGCGCCGCCGAGGGCACCCGCUGGGUCAUGUGGUUCGGCGACGGCAAGUUCUCGGUGGUGUGCGUGGAGAAGCUGCUGCCCCUGAGCUCCUUCGCCAGCGCCUUCCACCAGGCCACCUACAACAAGCAGCCCAUGUACCGCAAGGCCAUCUACGAGGUGCUGCAGGUGGCCAGCAGCCGGGCCGGGAAGAUCUUCCCCGCGUGCCCCGAGAACGACGAGACGGACACGUCCAAGGUGGUGGAGAUCCAGAACAAGCAGAUGAUCGAGUGGGCCCUGGGCGGCUUCCAGCCCUCGGGCCCCAAGGGGCUGGAGCCCCCCGAAGAGGAGCGCAACCCCUACAAAGAAGUUUACACGGAGAUGUGGGUGGAACCCGAAGCAGCCGCCUACGCACCGCCCCCACCCGCCAAAAAACCCCGGAAAAGCACAACCCAGGAGAAGCCCAAGGUCAAGGAGAUCAUCGACGAGCGCACCCGAGAGCGGCUGGUCUACGAGGUGCGGCAGAAGUGCAGGAACAUCGAGGACAUCUGCAUCUCCUGCGGGAGCCUCAACGUGACCCUGGAGCACCCUCUGUUCAUCGGGGGGAUGUGCCAAAACUGCAAGAACUGCUUCCUGGAGUGCGCGUACCAGUACGACGACGACGGCUACCAGUCCUACUGCACCAUCUGCUGCGGUGGCCGCGAGGUCCUCAUGUGUGGCAACAACAACUGCUGCAGGUGCUUCUGCGUGGAGUGCGUGGACCUGCUGGUGGGCCCGGGGGCGGCGCAGGCGGCCAUCAAGGAGGACCCCUGGAACUGCUACAUGUGCGGCCACAAGGGCGUCUACGGGCUGCUGCGGCGGCGGGAGGACUGGCCCUCGCGCCUCCAGAUGUUCUUCGCCAACAACCACGACCAGGAGUUUGACCCCCCCAAGGUGUACCCGCCGGUGCCCGCUGAGAAGAGGAAGCCCAUCCGGGUGCUGUCGCUCUUCGAUGGCAUCGCCACAGGCUUGCUGGUGCUGAAGGACCUGGGCAUCCAGGUGGACAGGUACAUCGCCUCCGAGGUGUGCGAGGACUCCAUCACCGUGGGCAUGGUGAGGCACCAGGGCAAGAUCAUGUACGUCGGGGACGUCCGCAACGUCACCCAGAAACACAUUCAGGAGUGGGGCCCCUUUGAUCUGGUCAUUGGGGGGAGCCCCUGCAACGACCUGUCCAUCGUCAACCCGGCCAGGAAGGGUCUCUACGAGGGCACCGGGCGCCUCUUCUUUGAGUUCUACCGCCUGCUGCACGAAGCCCGGCCCAAGGAGGGCGACGACCGGCCCUUCUUCUGGCUCUUUGAGAACGUGGUGGCCAUGGGCGUGAGCGACAAGAGGGACAUCUCGCGCUUCCUGGAGUCCAAUCCCGUCAUGAUCGAUGCCAAAGAAGUGUCCGCAGCGCACCGGGCACGGUACUUCUGGGGGAACCUGCCCGGCAUGAACAGGCCACUCGCGUCCACCGUCAACGAUAAGCUGGAGCUGCAGGAGUGCCUGGAGCACGGCAGGAUAGCAAAGUUCAGCAAAGUGCGAACCAUCACCACUCGCUCCAACUCCAUCAAGCAGGGCAAGGACCAGCACUUCCCCGUGUUCAUGAACGAGAAGGAGGACAUCCUGUGGUGCACGGAGAUGGAGAGGGUGUUUGGCUUCCCCGUGCACUACACGGACGUGUCCAACAUGAGCCGCCUGGCCCGGCAGAGACUGCUCGGCAGGUCCUGGAGCGUGCCGGUGAUCCGCCACCUCUUCGCGCCCCUGAAGGAAUACUUCGCCUGCGUUUAGGGAUGGGCAGGGACUGGUCACACGGAGCGAGUCGGAAACAAACCCAUCCACGCCAAGAGAAGUGAACACACAGAAUGAGAGAAGAGUCAGCACCCAGAAGAGAGACGGGAUUUCGCAGCCCGACGGGAACCCAGCACACGUCUCCCCGAGCGAAAGGGGUCGGUGUCCUCUCCGGAAUUUCCCAGGAUCAGCUUUAGCUAUUUAAAAACAAACAAAAACCACAAGAAGCAAACAAAAACGAAGACGGCGAAAGCAAACAACCGACAACAAAACGGAAGAAAAAAAAAAAAAAGAAAAAGAAAAGAAAACCAAAACCUUUUUUUUUUUUUUUUUUUUUGGGUAACCUUUUAAUUUUCCGCUCUUUUCUGGCUGGGUUUUCCUGUCGGUUUGGUUUCCACUUCUCGGAGCAGCGGGCGAGACGAGAUGCCGUCGCCAGCGCCGCUCUCGGAGAGGGGGAAACGGCAGCGGGAAAGCCCAGCGGGGAGGGAGGCGGAGGCAAAGGAGACCCGCUCUGCUCCGAGACCCGCUCCGAGACCGCUCCGAGACCGCUCCGCUCCGUCCGCGCCAGCGCCUGGCCGGCCCGGCCCCGGCCCCGGCCGCGCUCGGCGGCUCCAGCGCCCGGCGGCUGAGCCUCGCUCUGUUCCACCAGCACCGCUCUCCGGUGACAUGGAGCCAGCCCGGCAGGGAGGCCGGGAACACACACACCACACACACACCUUUUCUACAGUAUUUUGGGUGCCUACCAUACGGAAACCUUGAAGAGAGCAGAUCCUAGAAGCCGCUGUUACCUCUUGUUUACAGUUUAUAUAUAUAUGAUAGAUAUGAGAUAUAGAUAUAUAUAUAUAUAAAAGGUACUGUUACUACUGUACAACCUGACUUCAUAAUGGUGCUUUACACAGCGGGGUGAGUCGAGACAUCAGCUUCCACGUUGCCUUACGUGCCGGGCCUUUCCGAGCGAGCGGCAGGGCCGGGGCGGCCGGGCGGAAGCGUCUCCAUCCCGAGUCAUGCAAUAACCUUUUUCUGUCCCGAACGGAAGCGCCUCGGCGGUGCCCCCCUGCCCCGCCGGCGCCACCCCACAGCGUACUGGUGCUCUUCUGCGUACGUGGUGUCCGGCAGGGCCCGUGCCGGGUGUCCCCCGGCCGUGCCCCUCGCCGCGGGCGCUGCCCGCCGGGGCGGCGUGGGGCACCGGGCUCUGGCCGAGGGCGGCGGCGGGGACGCCGGCAGGGCAGGGGGGACAGAGCGGUGCCGGAGCGCGGCCGGGGCGUUUCCGGCAUGGCACGGGGAUGGCCGCGGGUCCCGGACCCUGGUGCUACAUCCGCGGGGCCGGGCCGGCGGCAGGAGGGCGAUGCCCCGGAGAGCCCGGACGGGACCCCGGCGGCGUCGCCGCGGCCGCCGGGCCAUCGCUCUCCUGCCCGCGCGUGGUUCGGAGCGAGCGUGUCCCCUCGGUGCCACGCGCCCCGCCGGGGGUGACGGGGCACCGCGGCGGCGGCGGCAGUGGCCCCGGCCGCAGGGGCCGGGAGCCGCGGUGUGAGCAGAGCGCGGGCAGGUGCUGGCAGUGCGGUGGAUGGUGCUACUGCUCCGGCGGCCGCGGUGCCGCGGGUCCGGCCCCGGCGGGGCAGGGACCGGUGCUAGGGCGCGGGGAGGCUCCCGGGGGCCCGGGCCCGUCGCUGUCUCUUCUCUAACUGUGAAAGGUGCGGGCUCCGGGGCCGCGCUCGCUGCGGGGUGCUGGCUAAUGGCAGCGAGCCGCGGCCCGCGCGCUCCGAGGUGCUGGGACCGACGGCGGCGGGGCCCCCGCCUCCCCUCCCUCCUGGUGCUACCGGGGGCUUGGGGGCCCCUCUGGGUGCGGGGGGCACGGGGAGCUGAGCUGGCGCAGGCGGCCGCGCCGGGGGCACCGCGGGGCUUGGCUUUGCCGGGGAGUGAAGGUGGCGAGGCAGGAGGGCGCUGGCCCCGGGCUCUGGGCUCCUGCUCGCUCCCGGGGCCAGAUGGCACAGGAUGGCACAGGAUGGCACAGGACCGCUGCACCGGGCACAGGUCCUGCCUGCCUGCUGCUGUCUGAGCCCACACGGCCCCACGAGCCCGUGUGUGGGGCUGGCGUGGCCCUGGGCAUCCUCUGUGGGGCACGGUGGGCACUGCGGGUCCUGCAUGGCCCUGCAGCGCUGCUGCAGGUCCUGCAUGGCUCCGUGCCCCUGGCUGUGGGUCCUGCAUGGAUCCACUGCGCUGGCUGUGGGUCCUGCACAGCCCCACAGAGCUGGGUGCCAGCGCUGCAUGGCCCUGCAGCGCUGAUUGCAGGCCCUGCAGCGCUGAUUGCAGAUCCUGCGUGGCCCUGUGGCGCUGGGUGCUGAUCCUGCACGGUCUUGAGGUGCUGGGUGCUGGUCCUGCACGGCCCUGCAACGUUGUUGGCAGGUCCUGCAGGGCUCUGCGGCACUGGGUGCUGACCCUGCACGGUCCUGCAGCUCCAGGUGCUGGUCCUGCACAACGCCGUGGCUCUGGGUGCUGACCCCGCGUGGCCCUGCAGCUCCGGGUGCCGGUGCUGCCCCAUCCUGUGGCGCUCUCGGGCGGGUUCUGCACGGCCACGCGCCGGGUUUGGGGGUCCCGGCGGACCCCCGGGGCCGCCCCGGCUCAGCCCAGCCCUGCAGCGCUCCCUGGGACCCCCCUGGCCCUGCUGCACCUUUGGGGGGCCGGGUCCCAGCGGGUGCUGCGGCGCGGGGGCCGGCGCGGCGCGGCGCUGGCACGGCCCAGCCGGUGCCGGUGCCGGUGCCCCGGCGCCGGUGGGAAGCAGGUUCCUGCUGGGAACAGGUGCCGGCGGCGGGGGGGGGGACCGUGGGGAUGCCUGGGGCAAGAGUUCAGUUUUUAACGUACCCGACUCACGUCUUUUUUUAACAAAACAACCAGACAAAUUCUGUUGCACAGCCCUAGAUGAAAACUCAAAACAACACAGCAAGGCCUGAAUUCCUUAAGAUCCGCCGAGGGAGUGGGGACAAACACGGUGCUAAAACAUUUUAUUAAAAAUAUAUAUUGUUAAAUUAAGUCUGCUGUCUGGACAAUGACUGUUUUGUUUCUCGUAGUGGAGUUUCAAAGAGCACUAUUAUUUUACUCUUAUAUAUUAUUAUUAAAAAAAAAAAACAAAAAAGAAAAAGGCAUUUUAACUUUGUACUUGAAAACUAAAUGAGAGAUUUCCUGUGUUUUAGCCUAGUCAUUGAAGUAGCUGACGCUUAACUAUUUGUGAGAAUCAUGUACUCAUCAUCCCGAGGAAUACGCGCGUAGAGCUGGUACCCUCCUUCCUCCCUUUGAUUUGGCUCCGCCGCCACAUUCCCGGCGCCGCCGCGGCCGCCCCGGCUGCUCUCCCUCCCCUUUUCCCGCCCCGACCCCCCCCCCGGUUUAUUUUCUACUUCUCUCUCGGUUCGUUGCCCCUGUUUUUUUGUUGGUUUGUUUUUUUAGGGUCGCUUCUCUAUUUAUUGCCGCUGAACUGUGCAUUUCACGGCCGGAGGUGCCGCGGGCGCCCGGCGCUGUUGUAUCUGUGUGAGUAUUGCUCGUGACAUAGCUGUUCUGAACUAAUAAAGGUCAAUGCGUGCAGCAGAUGUAGAAAGUCUGUCCGUCCCGCUUCCAUCCCAUCCUCCUUUUCUUUUUCUUUGGUGCCCAGAAGAGUAUAAUACAGACGAGCUCCUUUCUAAUGUACUUGUGCUGGAGAACACUUGAAUAAAUGUCCUGUUUUGUGCAAAAAAAAAAAAAGAGAAAAAAAGAGGAAAAAAAAAAAA